AUGUCUGGAACUCGCGUCGCCUGGAUUGGCCUCGGCAAUAUUGGCCGUGGUUUGAGCACCAACAUCGCCAAGAAAGGUCCCCAAUCAAGCCUGAUCCUGUACAAUCGCACCACAGCCCGUGCGACCACCCUCGCCGCCUCCCUCGACGGCAAAGCAACAGUCGCCAACACAAUCCCUGAAGCAGUGCAGAAUGCCGAUAUCAUCUUCGUCUGUGUCGGCGAUGACCCCGCCCUGGAAGAUGUGAUCGCCGGCACCCUUUCCGAAAACAUCGAUCUGUCAUCCAAGACCUUUGUCGACUGCUCGACGGUUCACCCUGAUACCUCGCGCCGCGCCGAGGCCGCCUACAUUGCCCGUGGAGCAGGCUUCGUCGCGUGUCCCGUCUUCGGCGCGCCUAUUAUGGCGGACGCCGGAGAGAUGAUUGCUCUGCCGGCUGGGAAGCAGGCUUCUAUUGAAAAGGUGAAGCCGUUCCUCGAGGGUGUCUUUGCCAAGGCGACCAUUGAUCUGUCUGAGGGGACGGGCGCGGAUACCGAUGUCGGACGCGCAUCGACCAUGAAAUUACUGGGCAAUACCUUCAUCUUGAACACUGUUGGUGUUCUGGCCGAGACACUUACUGCCGCUGAUGCGACGGGACUUGGCACGGGGCCCAUGAAGCAGUGGUUGGAUCUGUUUGCUCCCGGACCGUUUGCGAAGUACGCGGAGCGUAUGAUUACCGGUGAUUACUAUAAGCGUGAGGAGCCGUUGUUUGCUGUUGAUCUGGCGCGAAAGGAUCUGCGGCAUGCGUCCAACUUGGCGAAAGAGGGUGGUCAGCGGAUGCGUAAUGUUGAGGUUACGGAUGGAUUCUUGCAGGAUGUGAAAGCUGAACAGGGUGCAAAGGGUGAUAUUGCAGGUGUUUAUGGAGCGGCGAGAAAGGCUGCGGGGAUGAACUUUGAAACCCAAUAG